AUGUCAGCCAGAAAGGGCUAUCUUCAUCCUCCGUCAAAUUAUACCACAACGAUGACAUGCCCCAACAACCAGGCUGGGAAUUCGUUUUUCGUGGACUCUUUAAUCAACGUGAGAACCGACAGUGGUUCAUAUUACCAAAGUAACGGCGUGUAUUUGCCACCGGCGUCGGAAUAUUCAUAUGGACUGUCCGGUGGUUCUUGUUUCCCGGGGAUCGGUAAGCGCAACGAGCCAAGUACCCAAAGCGUGAUCCCUUCUUCUGCUCCGUAUGUUCAAGGGAUGGAAACGUGGCUGGAAACGUCGAGAUCCUGCCGUGUAGAGCAGCCCAGUGGCCAGCAUAUGGCACAGUGUUCAUUCUCACCGAGUAUAAAAGAGGAGAGCGCAUACUGCCUUUAUGAGCCUGACAAAUGUCCUAAAGGAGCAACAGUAGAUGACAUAUCCUACUCGACCGCAUCAUGCCCUGUUACCGGCAGCACCGUGCCAGUCCCCGGGUACUUCCGCCUGUCUCAGACAUACGCGUCCUCCAGGCUUUACCACGACGGCCAUCCAAAUAUGAAUCACUUUACGCAGCAGCAGCGCCCUGGCCGUCUGGACGCCCAGCAGCAGCCCUCCCAACCGCAGGCUGCGUCUGCGGAGCCCGAGCAGAGGGAGAGCCACGAGGAGGCGCCUGUCCCUGCGCCCUGCGUCCCGGCCAGAGAGGAGGACAGCCGCCUGUCCUCGGAAAGUUCAUCCUCUCCUGAGCCUGCUGAGACGUGCAGUGCCGAGUGUCCAGAAAAGCCCGUUAAAGCGACAAAGAAUGGAGAUGGAAAAAUGGAAAGCACGGCUAACUGGCUUACAGCUAAGAGUGGCCGAAAGAAGCGCUGCCCCUACACCAAGCACCAAACUCUGGAGCUGGAGAAGGAGUUUCUCUUCAACAUGUACUUGACUAGAGAGCGUCGUCUGGAGAUCAGCCGCAGUGUGCACCUCACUGACAGGCAAGUCAAAAUCUGGUUCCAAAACAGGAGGAUGAAACUGAAAAAAAUGAGCCGGGAGAAUAGGAUCCGAGAGCUCUCCAGCAACUUCAGUUUCUCAUGA